GAUGUUGAUCACCGCAAAGGACUUGCAUUCCUGUCGAAAACUGGCGACAUCUUCUAUACUCCGAAUGCUGAAUAUCCAAUCGAAGUGCCGCUGCCUCACGACCCAGAUAAAUACGCCUUCCACGAAGGAAUGGUUGUUGAUUAUUAUCUCUACCCUCAGUGGUGGACAGAACAAUUUGGGUGGUUGGCAUUUAUCGAUCGCCGCGAGCACCAUCACGGAUAUCCGUUUGAGUGCCUGUGGAAGAGCACGAGUAUUCAGUCGGUAUCUGAGGAACAAUCUUUUAUCAAAGAUGGUAUCAUAGAUGUAGCGGACAGCUGGUCGUGGCUGGAAGACCGCUUGAUCAUUUGCACAUCCAUCCUGACGAGCCGCUACUCAGCACCCUGCAUGCGACCCCAGCCUCCUUCGCAAUUGUAUUACAAGGCCUUCCAGAAAGGUGCAAAAUCACGCCUUAGGAGCUGUGUCGAACUCGCUCGACGAUGGUUUUCUGUGUGGUAUGGCUUGUUCUCAUUCAUCAUCGCAUAUGGAACUACAGGAUGGAAUGUACGAAAGGUGGACUUCGGGCAGCCAGAUUGGUUCACGUUUUUGCAAUCCCGACAUUUCGAUUUUACUUGGUUGGAGGGUAUUCUCUUGUCAACAAUCCCACCAGAUCCAUCUUAUAAGCACCGCGUGGGCACAGUUCUGCUCCCCACCAUUAGAGGCAGCUCACAGCCUCCAGUUCAGUGGUUCAUUGAAAAUGGUGUCCCUGUAUGGUACCCAUGGACCAGCGCUCAAAUCCGUGAUGCUGAAGAAUGGCCUCAUCUUUUUACUCCCAUCGCCCCGCCAGCGUAUAUUUUACAAGAAUUGCAAACACACAUCCAUCGUCCAAUUUCUCCGCAAGCAUCUACUCAGCCUGGAUCUCAAAAUGUGGACGAGUGCUUGGAAACUGCAGACCUUGAUCCUCUUCACAUCGGUGACCACAUAGACAAAGAGUUUGCUUACAAUUUUCCUGUGCCAUUGUCAGCGCCGGAGAGAGACAAUUCUUGUCCAUCACUGUCGCAAGAGCCUCCCGGAUGGAUAGCAUUUUUCGACGCCAGAGACAAACGCAAUGCCGAGAGGGAAAAGACAGAAACAGAAGAACAUCGGGCAGUCCGUCUUUCUAGGGAGCGCAACCCACCUACCACAUGGGCCAAUGGUCUUUAUGAAUGGGUUGAGGAUUCUCGUGAGCCCAGAGGAUGGCGUCGCGAAGACAUGGGUGUCAAACGAGAGUAUAGGGCCGAAACUCUCGAGGAUUACUCGUCGAAACAAAAGCGAUAUGAUUCUUGGUGCAAUGAAUGGGAUGUUUGUCUGGCAUGGGGUGAGGACCUUGAUACUGGGAGUGACGAUGAAGAUUCCUACACCGCAGACCCUAUCGAUAGUGGUCCUUCAGUCGAGAAACCUGACCUAAUACUGCGCGGAUUUCAAAGAACACCGAGUCCCGAUAUCCCUAUGCCUGAGGAGGUCACCAGUCGAGAAGCUGAACAGACAUCCGGUUUCCUUCGAACGCUAUUCUGCCAGUUUGGUUUCACUGCACCUACGGUUGACAUUGCAAAGCUGUCGAGCAGCAGUGCCGCAUUUAAGCAUGUUCUUCAGGCAUUUGGACUAUCAACAGAGGUGGCCCAGUCUUUCUCCUCUUCCACAGCCAGUGCGAUUACCCAAUUUCUCCAAGACAUCUCCAAAAAGCAUCAGCCUCUUGCAGAUAGAUGGGACGCCAGCAUCAAUCGAGAACAUGGCUUGGCUUUUCAUCCUCUUUUAUUCACCCUCAAAGUUGACCAACUUCAUACAACCUACAUUUUUCCCGAGGAUAACUACCAAGCCUACAUUGAAAAUCGAGCAAAGAUUCUUUACAAACCACAUGGACAUGCUGCCCUUUUGCACGGAGGGAUUAUUUGGCACCUUGCAAAAGAACACCUCAGCGUAGAUGCUGCCUUGCAUGGCCCUUCUACAAAGGCCACAGAAUACCACUUAGGGUUUGUCCUAGGUCACAAGGGUGAGGCGUGGAGCUUGUGGGAUGAUGAUCUUGGUAGCGAUGAGGCAGAUCUCAUUUGCAGAUUGUACAGAUGCAAGACAGGCCAUGGAGAUCAGCUUGCAUUGAAGUCAUGGUGGCUGUUGCAACAUACUUGGGAUUUGGCAGGUGUCAAUAUGGGUUUCUGGUCUGAAGAGAAUGAGAGGUGGUAUCAAAGCAGAUUACAUAAGAUUCUCGAGGGAAAGGCUAAACCAAUGGGUGUAGAUCAAUGGCGCAAUGAGCUUCAGGGAUUUCCAGUCACUCGAAACAUACGUGACGGACUUCGUGAGCUAUCAUUGCUACCAAGUUCAGCCAAAUAA